GUACUCCCAAAAAAGAUGAACUAAACAAAAGGGUUUAUGAGAGGGGACAAAAAAAUAAAUUGUAUUAAAUAAACAGCAAAAAACUAAAAAAUGGUGUUAGUACUAGAUUAUUCCUUGUGCUUCAUCUUAGUAGCAGCUUUACUGGGUGGAUAUGCAUUUGUGUUUGAGUUCCUUAGGAGAGUGAAUGAGUUGUACUAUGUUGGCAGGUUGGGGAAAAUGCAACACCCUCUCCCACCUGGUGAUCUGGGUUGGCCUUUCCUUGGCAACAUGCUCACCUUCCUCAAAGCUUUCAAGUCUGAUCCUGAUUCCUUCAUCUAUGACCUUUUUUCCAGAUAUGGCAGGACAGGCAUGUAUAGAACACACUUGUUGGGGUGCCCCAGCAUCAUAGUUUGCACACCAGAGACAUGCAGGAAGGUUUUGACAGAUGAGGAGCAAUUCAAGCUUGGAUACCCUGCUUCCACCAUGGCCCUCACAGGAAAAAGAUCAUUCCACGGCAUCUCAAUGACAGAGCACAAGCGUCUACGCCGCCUAAUCACCUCUCCCAUAAACGGCCAUGAGGAGUUGUCGGCCUAUGUUGUCCUCAUAGAGGGUCUUGCUGUGAAGCUUCUGGAAGAGUUGUCUUCCAUGAACAGGCCAUGCCAGUUCCUCACAGAGUUGAGGAAGUUCGCUUUUGAGGUCAUCACUACCAUUUUUGUAGCUUCUGAUGGUGAUCAUGUGGACCUUGGCUUGUUUGAGAACCUGUACACUGAUUUGAACCGGGGAAUGAAGUCCCUCGCCAUUAACCUCCCAGGAUUUGCAUUCCAUAAAGCACUCAAGGCACGGAAGAAGUUGAUGAAGCUAUUGCAAGCCCUGGUGGACCGGAAGAGGAGGAGCAAUAAUAGAGAGACAAUUAAGAGCAAGAAAGAUAUGAUGGAUUUGUUGAUGGAAGUCAAAGAUGAAGAUGGUAGGCAGCUGGAAGAUGAAGACAUUAUAGACUUAGUUCUGGUUUUCUUGUUAGCUGGUCAUGAAAGCUCUGCUCAUGGGAUAUUGUGGACAAUUAUCUACCUCAUUGAUCACCCACAUGUACUCCACAUGGCCAAGAAAGAACAAGAGGAGAUCACGGAAAGAAGACCCUUCAUGCAGAAAGGGCUGAACCUUCAUGAAAUUAAGCAAAUGAAUUAUCUCUCAAAGGUUAUUGAUGAGAUGCUGCGCAGAACAAGUAUCUCAUUUGCAAACUUUAGACAGGCAAAAGUUGAUGUCAACAUCAAUGGCUAUACUAUACCAAAAGGAUGGAAAGUUUUGGUGUGGAACAGAGGUGUUCACAUGGAUCCUGAGACUUAUGUCAACCCAAAGGAGUAUGAUCCUUCCAGAUGGGAUAAUUACAGGGCAAGAGCAGGGUCAUUCCUUCCAUUUGGAUUAGGAAGCAGGUUUUGUCCCGGAGGUGACCUGGCCAAGCUUCAGAUCACUAUUUUCCUCCAUCAUUUUCUUCUUAAUUACAGGAUGGAAAGAAUGAAUCCGGAGUGUGCAGUUACUUACCUACCAUUGCCAAGGCCUUUAGACAAUUGCCUUGCAACAAUUAUAAGAGCGACAUGAUGAAUCUUGGGAUUAAUUUGCCACUUGUAAUUCAGCAAGGUCAAUAGCUUGUAAUAAUAAGUUCUUGCAAAUCACGUUUGAAUAAAUUUCAAGUCAUGGGUUGGGGCCCUGGAAUUUUGAUAUUUUGCGUUAGCUUGUAUAAUAGGCUAGAAAAUAGAGAAAUCAAUUGUCAGCACUUGGCAGUGCAUGAAAUUUAAGAAAAACAAAUGAAUCUUGCCCUACCUACCUCAAUUUCUAUCAACAUCAAACCACGCCCAGUUUUCUCUG